AUGUCAUACGGAGAAUAUGAACAAACCAUAGAUGAGCAAAUCCCAGCAAUAUACACUUCGGAGGAUGAGCGUAUUCGGACACCAGCUGUCUUAUCAGAUACCUCGCGCUCACCCAUUUUUUCCGAUAACCGUCAGCAAGUAGUACAACCGUUAAGAAGUGAUAAUAAACAUGCGGAAAACGAUACAAAUAACUCAUCAGUACCAACAAAGAAAGCUAGAUUAGCAAUUCCUUCGGGUUUAGUUUCCUAUGCCAUCGACGAAGAUGAUGAUGAGCAUACGGUGUUAGAUACAGAUCAGAACACUGAUUCUGAUGGUGAAAAUGAUCCUAAAUCAAAAGAUGAUCAUGGAUUCCAUCUUGGUAGUAUGGAUAUUCCGUUGGAUAAUUCGGGUGGACCCCCAACUAUUUUCAGUUCUGACCAGCCUAUCAACAUCUUGUCCCAAAACCAAGUUCAUAUUUCAGAACCAGUAAAUGAUGUAAAAAAUCCAAACUUAAUCACUAUUGAAGCGAAAGCAGAAAGUCCUACCCUUACAGAACGCCUUAUUCAAGCGGUUCAAUUGCCCUCUGAACCUACUGGUCACUGUUCAAUGGUGCUUCAAGAAAGAGUAGAGCGAGCAGUGCGUCGUAUGCGCUUGGAUAUAAGCUACGAUCCUAACAGAGCAAUUCAAGAUAACAAAGCGUUCCGUAAUCCCAGGUGUGUAAGCGUGUGGACAAACAUAAACUCAGUUUUAUUUUAGUAUUUAUGAAAAGCUGAUCGAUUUUUUGAAAAUUGACGAGAAAGGAACUAACUUCUCUACAAACCAAAAAAACCAAGUAAAUGGGACACAGGUAUUCCUACCAACGUUCAACCCCAUGAUACAUCCUCCUCAGAAUCUGUUAAGUUAUCUGUUCCUCCCGUUGGAAGUUUGAUCAAACGAAAUUAAAACUAAUCCAAGUUACCAGAUAAUGACUUUGAAAUACGCUGCUCUUUUUAUAAUUUUUUGAAAAUAUUUUUCAAGAUGUUAAUACAACAAUAAAAGUGAAAUACUCAA